AUGUCUAUCUAUCUAUCCAACUAUCUCAACCUAUUCAUAUCUAUCUAUCUAUCUAUCUAUCUAUCUAUCUAUCUAUCUAUCUAUCUAUCUAUCCCAGUCUCUACAUUAUCUAUCUAUCUAUCUAUUACAGUCUCUACAUUAUCUAUCUAUCUAUCUAUCUAUCUAUCUAUCUAUCUAUCUAUCUAUAAUCCUUCGCUACUUUUUUCUUGUUUUAUUUCCCGUUUCUUUCUUUUUUUCUGUCUUUCUGAUUUUUUCUUUCUUUCUCAUUAUGUUCGUAGCUAUCUAUCUAUCUAUCUAUCUUUCUAUCUAUCUAUCACGUUAUGUCCAUUUGUUCAUAUCUAUGUAGCACAGUCUAUCUAUCUAUCUAUCUAUCUAUCUAUCUAUCUAUCUAUCUAUCUCAGUCUGUUCAUAUCCAUCUAUCUCUUUCAUUCUGAUUCUAUCUCUUUAUCUAUCUCUUUAUGCCCGUCUGUUCGCAUCUAUCUAUCUAUCUAUCUAUCUAUCUAUCUAUCUAUCUAUCUAUUUCACUCUUCUGUUCAUAUCUAUCUCGCUAAACUCUUUUCUAUUCAUAUCUAUCUCUUUCAGUCUGUUCAUAUCUAUCUAUAUCUAUAUCUAUGUCUGUGA